AUGGAGUCCGAUUCCUUCUUUCCGGUGCUUGGUGGCGAGUUCGAGGAUUCGGUGUUUGAAGAGCGGGCGCGGCCGCGUGAGCCCGAACCCCCGCUGACCUAUAGCCCGAAGCGUUGCGAGCCCCAGUGGUUUUAUGAGGAAACAGAAAGCAAGGAUAUUGUUGAAAUACUUACCAUCAAGAAAUUUAGAGGGGACUUGGCAUACCGGCAACAAGAAUUUCAGAAAGCACUUCAGGAGUAUUCUAGCUGCUUUGAACUCUUGCCGCCUACCAACUUUGCCAUGAGAAGAGAUGUCCAAGAGGGGCAGGCUCGAUGUUUAACUCGCCUGGGCAGGCAUAUGGAGGCACUGGAGAUCGCUGAAAAACUGGGGAAUGGAGCCACUAACAGCGACCAUUUAACUACAGUACUCUACCUCCAGCUCACUAUUUAUUCAGGAUUGAAGAACAUUGAGAAAAUAAUACUGUGUCUGCAAAAACUGAUUUCUUUGCACCAUUUUAAUCCUUGGAAUUGGGCCAAGCUUGCAGAGGCUUACCUGAGUCUUGGACUAGCUCUCUCAGCUUCAUUUGCUUCAUCUCAGAAAGAGAACAGUUUUACCUCAAGUGACCAACAAUUCCAAGCUCCUUUCCCACCACCAAAAAGAGAUCCUUCUCUACAUUUUUCAAAAACCUUGAAUGGAAACUCCAGAUUUUAUAUGGGAACAAGUAGUAGCUGCAUCCAGCAAAGUGAAAACUGUCUGAGUGAUGUAGGGCCUGCAGCCCUAGAGACCCCCUUCCAUCCAGCAUUUCAUUCCUGGGCACCCACAGUAUGGGCAGGGACUCAAAUGAAAGCUUGUGCUUCUUUUGUCAGAGCCAGGCUUCUGCUUCAGCUCACUCAGCCUCAACAGACAUCUUUUGCUCUGGAGAAGAACUUCAAGGCUCAGGAGGAAAUCGAAGCUAGAAUAAAAGGAUUUGGCUUUGAAGAAGGAACUUUACUGCUGAUUUCUGAGGUUAUGAAAGAAGAUCUCAUUCCAGAAAAAAUAAAAGACGAAGUUCAUGCAGAGGUGAAAUGUGUAGGCUCUGAAGCCUUGACUGCACUGGUAAUUGCAUCUUCCAAAGAAUUUGAAGACAAAUGGUUCAGAAAGAUCAAAGACCAUUUAUAUCCCUUUGAAAAUCUGUUUCACACAGAGAUACACAUCUCGCCUUAGCAGCCCCAU